CCCACUAUUGUUGCCGCUAUCAGGACAGGACUUUCCAGAUUGGACCCGAUUGCUUCAAUCGGAUCCGGUUCGACCCACUUAUGCUUCCGAUCUUCGUUAUCUGAUACCCAAAACUCACCUUCCCUUAGUAAAACCCUAGCUUGGUUUUAAUCGCUCCGCCAUGGGAGACUUGAACGAUGCAUUCCUGCGAAACCAAAACGCCGCCGUCCAGGCCCGGACCAAGGCGCAGAACCGUGCGAACGUUCUUCAGCUCAAGCUGAUUGGCCAGAGUCAUCCCACUGGUCUUACUAACAAUCUGUUGAAGCUCUUUGAACCUCGACCGCCAUUGGAGUUUAAGCCACCUCCAGAAAAAAGGAAGUGCCCGCCAUUAACAGGGAUUGCACAAUUCGUUAGUAAGUUUGCAGAGCCUGAAGAUCCUGAGUAUGCUCCGCCUGUUAAAGAGGGUGAAACUCCUACACAAAGAAGGGCUAGAAUACACCAGCUAAGACUGGAAAAGGGUGCAGCAAAGGCCGCUGAGGAGCUCGAGAAAUAUGAUCCGACUAAUGACCCAAAUAUUUCUGGAGAUCCAUACAAGACUUUAUUCGUGGCCAGGCUUAACUAUGAGUCAACUGAGAGCAGAAUCAAAAGGGAGUUUGACGUUUAUGGGCCUAUCAAGCGGGUUCGUUUAGUUAAUGACACACAGACAAAUAAACCAAAAGGUUACGGAUUUAUUGAGUACAUGCAUACAAGGGACAUGAAAGCUGCAUAUAAACAAGCUGAUGGGAGGAAGAUUGAAGGUAGAAGAGUGCUUGUUGAUGUAGAACGCGGUAGAACUGUCCCGAACUGGCGACCUCGCCGAUUGGGUGGUGGGCUUGGAACCACAAGGGUUGGAGGUGAAGAAGUAAAUCAGAGAUAUUCUGGGAGGGAGCAAGGUCAACCGGGAGGAGGACGACCUAGGUCUGAGGAGCCUAGGGCUAGAGAAGAUCGACAUGGAGACCGGGAUAGAGAAAAAUCUCGUGAAAGGGUAAGGGAUAAAGAGAGAGAACGAGAGAAGUCCCGUGAGCGCUCCCCUGAACGUGCCCAUGAAAGAUCUAGGGAUCGUGAUCACAGAGAUGAUAGACAUCACAGAGACCGUGAUAGGAAUAGGGACAAGGAUAGAGAAAAAGGAGAACGCGGUCGUGAUCGUGAUCGAACCCGUGAUCGUGAUAGAGGGCGGGACCGUGGCCGUGACUAUGAGCGUGAUCGAGAUAGAGAACGUGAUCGUCCCCGAGAAAGGGAGAGGGAUUAUGAAGCUGUUGACCCUGAUCAUGACCAUGGUCAUUCCCGGGAUAGGGAGCCUGAAUAUGAUCGCGAUGAGUCAAAGCAUGACAGGGAUCGACAUGGUGAAAAGGAUAGGGAUUACGACAACACAGCACCAGAUGAUGAUGGGGGAUGGUAUGAACAACCAGAGCAUGGAAAUAGGCUCUCAAGUCGUGACCGUGACCGAUCACGUGACCGUGACCGUGAUCCAGAGCCUUAUGAGCACUAUGAGCAUCAUCGUGGGCAGUACGACAGGAUGGAUGUCCAGGGGGAACAUGACCGUUACGAGCAAUAUCCUGAUCAUGAUCGUGACCGGUAUGGUCGAAUGGAGGAUUAUGAACGUGAAGCAUCUGAGUCACGUGAAAGAGAGAAAUCUCGUGAGGUGGACCGUGAUUAUCAACGUACUGAGAGGUCCCUCUCUCGGGAGUACUAGGAUUGGAAUUGGUCCCUUUCCAAGACUGGAAGUGAAGGCAUGCUUUAUGGUUUAUUUAACUUCAAAUUGCAUGUUUCUGGAAAUGGAUUAUAUUUUGUGUUGGAAUAAUUUUGUGACCGAGCUUCUUAUGGAUACUUACUUGCUUAUAUUUUUAAGUUUGGUAGACUUGUGUAAUUGACAUUGUUGGCUUUUGUGGGAUAUUUUGUAUUUAGGUGUAAGCAGGGGGAGGGACCUUAUUGCUUUAUUGUUUGAACUUUCGAAAUCUUAUGAGUUUUGUGCUUGCAUUGCAUCAUUCUUCUGUUUCAUAGGUGGCACAACGAAAGAUCUGUUUUUAUAAAACAUAUUAUUAUCUGGC